AUAGAUCCACACCGACUCCUCCGGUCAAGUAUAUCGACCAGUUUUCAUGCACAGCCAACAAAUCCAACCAUCUACAGUCGGCUCAUUCAUUCCACUGCCCAGCCAAUCCCCAUGUACUCUCUCCCCCACUCUCUUCUUCCAAUUUUUCCUCUUCCCGCCACCACCAUCAGAACCGCGACCAGUCAAAACCCUCCCCUCCCGACGCAAACUAGCAGUCCCAUCAUACCCAGAACGCCAUACAUAUCGUGCGCUCGGCGCCCGGAUGACUAUCACGCUACUCUCAAGGCGCUCAACUCCAAAAACCGUUUGCCCAGAAAAUCCCUUGGCCAGCAUUAUAUGUUGAAUUCCUCAAUAAAUGAGCAGCUUGCUGGUGUGGCCAAUGUUAGAGAUGGAGAUGUGGUCCUUGAAAUUGGACCGGGGACGGGUGCUCUGACGAAUGUUCUUAUAAAUGCCGGUGCGACUGUUCUUGCGAUUGAGAAGGAUCCUGAGAUGGCUGCACUGGUGAGCGAACGAUUUGCGGAUAUAGAUGGGCUGAAGAUACUGCGAGAGGACUUCACAAAAUGUCAUAUUCACUUCCAUCUGCAGUCAUUGUUGGAGAGCAGAAAUUCAUCGAGUGCAAAAUUUAGACGUGCAAAAGUUGUCUCCAACAUACCUUUUAAUAUUAGCACUGAUGUGGUUAAACAACUUCUUCCAAUGGGUGACAUUGUAUCAGAAGUUAUUCUUUUACUGCAGGAUGAGACAGCUUUGCGCUUGGUGGAAUCAUCUCUGCGAACUUCUGAAUAUCGACCCAUCAAUAUUUUCAUCAACUUCUAUUCAGAUCCAGAGUACAAGUUUAAGGUCCCAAGAACGAAUUUUUUCCCUCAACCCCGCGUUGAUGCAGCAGUAGUUAGAUUUAAGCUGAAGCCAGCUGUGGACUAUCCCCUAGUUUCAUCAACUAAAAGCUUCUUCUCAAUGGUCAAUUCUGCAUUCAAUGGGAAGCGCAAGAUGUUGCGGAGAUCACUUCAGCCCAUCUGUUCCUCUUUCGAAAUUGAAGCAGCUCUCAGAAAUAUUGGUCUUCCCAUUACAGCAAGGCCAGAGGAGCUUACAAUCAAUGAUUUUGUAAGACUGCAUAAUCUGAUUCUGAAAGAAGAGUGCUGCUAGCUUUCUUUUGGGCUUCUGGGGCCAAGAUUAUAUGGGCACCUGCAAGAUGGGCAUAAGAAGGCUGUGUAGGUAUGUACAGCCACUUCUUCAUCCUUGUUAAGAGCUGCACCAUAUUGGAUUCCGAGGAGCAAAUUCCCUAUCAAAUCUAAUAGAAGAAAUAUUACUAUCAAUACCAUCCAUGGGUGCUCUUUUACUUGAGAGAAAAAUUUCUGGGUGCUCUAGCUAUAGCAGGGCAUUCGACUCAGGAACAACAUUUUAGGGCUGAACACCAAUUUGAACGCGUGAGAGACAUCUGUUAUGAAGAACCUGACCCUGUAAUUGCGCUGAGCAGAGGAGGCACAUGACCAAGCAGGAGGCACUAACUGUACAAUUUAGUUAUGUAAAUUUUGAAAAAUGGAUCUGCAGAAAAUUAACAGUCCCCUUCCCCCGUGUCUCUGUAUUCUAAACCCACAAAUAACAAAUAUAUAUAAGCUGUGGGAUUUUUUAUUUUAUGUUCUUCAACGUUUGUAAGAGCUUGUUGUUAAUAUCGUAAAGCAAAUGAAGUUCUGUUA